GUUAGGGUACCAAAGAUUUUCUUUCGAAGUUGGUUUCGGUCAAAUAUCUCUUGUCGUCUGCACUAUUUUAAUACGUCUAGAUAUCUUUGCGAACCAAUGAGAGGCGUGCGUUUUGCCGGCACUUUCUGCAUUCCGACCAAUCCCAGGGCCAUUCUUUCAGGACCGGCGCAAGAGGCUGCGAGGAAAAAAACCGAGCGGGCAUUCUUCAUUUUUGUGUUGUUUUGCCUCGUGUCGUGUGUUGUGUCUGUUCGUGCAGUUGCUGUGUUCUCGUGUCGUCGUCUUCGAUGCACGAACUGUCGCCGUUUCAGCAUGUGACCCUGUGAAGCGGUCGCUCGCCAAAGCCGACAACUUGCUACGCUAUUCACCCGCCGCCAGUACCAAAGAACUUUUCUUCGGCGGCGUCUGACAGUCACGGAGCAGACCGCGAUGAUCGAGUCGAGCGCCUUGAGUACAAGUCCUUGGAACUUGGACUUCUGGAAAGAUGGCAGCACUUCAUCCUUGGGGUUCGAGGACCUCCUGGAUACAGAAAUCUGCCUGCCUUCCGAAAUCCUCGCCAUCCAAAAUGGGCCCUUGCCUCUCGAGCGGCCAGCAAGUGUUGCCAGUUCGGGACCAAUGGAUCCGGGCUUUGGCUGUUGGGAGGACUUUGAGGACUUGCUCAAAAGGGACACCAGCACUACAGGUGAUUUGGAUCUCGACGAGUGGAGCCUGGAUUUCACCGAAUCCUCAGAGGUUCUCUCGGACUGGAGCAGCAGUGGUGGUGCCACAACAUUUGAGGGUGUUGAGGGCCACUACUCGCGACCUCGUUCGCGGCGGGGUCCCUCACCAACCCCUUUGAAUGUGGAGCGAGCUUCCUCAACCAGGAGCUGGUCUUCCAUGACCAGUGGGGAGCAACUGAGGACAGUGGAGGCUCUGACGGAAGCAAUCAACCACCGCCUAGGGCUGCGGGAACAGCUAGAUGUGCUCCGCAUCAUCGACCCAGCAGCCACUGUUGACCCAUCUGUUCACCGGGAGUUUGCUGUCGACCUGAGGCGUCUUGACGACCACAAGCUUCGGCAGAUCGCAGAUUAUGUGCGGCACAAUAGCAUCGCAGCCAUGGAGCUGGCGGCCGACACAGCAGAGGCUACGGGGGAGAACUCUCGGAAAAGGGGCCGUUGUAGGCAGAGCAACUCUUAUUCAGCCUCUGGCCGCAGCAGCCCUGCUUCAGCAAGCGCACCUGUCCACAAAAAGGAGAGGUGCAAGCGCCCGCGGCAGCGGCCGCAGCAGAGGCGGCGGCGGCGGCGUGCAGUGCAGACGGAGCAGACAGAGCAGGAAAAAGCACACAAGCAGAUGCUCAAGGAACAGCGCAGCGGUCUGUUCGUGCGCGAGGAAGUGCUCACCCUGACAAGCGCGACUGCGUCAUCCUCGUCUAGGGGCAACUCCUCCCACCCUAGCAUAGCAGGAACAGACGACGAAGAAGAGGAAGUCGACAUUCUGCACUGAAUGGUUGCAGGGUUGUAAAAGUGAAAUAAAUGAGGGUGCGCUGGGAGAGGGUAGGAGGAUGUUAGUGUUGCUCUUUUGUAAUUUAAAUACCUUACGAGCUUGCUUCUCUCAUACCCUGCCAUCUCUCUGCCUGGUCACACGAGAGUGUAGGUUCACUUUCUCACUUGCGGCAUACUGUGCUGGUCUUUUUUUGGUGUUGUCUUUUGCUUCCUCCACAGGUUGAAGGGUAUGUGCUUAGUGCGGUCGACUCAGUCGGUGGGAGGUUGUAGCAAUUAUUUUGCAUUAUCCAAAUCAGUAAAAGCAGUCUUAUUUGUUUUGGCAAGUACUGCAUCUUUACCUGUAUAGCUUGCAACUCCAAUUAAAACCUCUGGAAAGAAAAUAUUAGCCUUAACUCGCAGAGACAACUGUGCUUAUUCAUAGAGCAACUCUGCUAAAUUGCUGUGAGAAAGGAAUGCUCAAGAAACAAAAGUAGCUCGUACCUUUUGCCAACACUGAUCUCACUAGUACUGCUGUCUAUGGCUUCAAAGUGACACAGCGGGCAUUUGUAGGCAGAUUUUGCCUGUGACGGCUUUGCACUUUGUUCCCACUUUAUACUGAAAUUCAGUAAAAAAAAUUUGGUGCAGGUUCUACGUGCAACAGCACAGUGCAUUCUCACCUGGUGGCGUAAGCAAAAACCACUCGAAGGAAAUGGUAAUGCAGGCUGUAGUCAUCGGGACUGGGAGAGUUGGCUGGGGAAAAAAAACUCAAGGUGCAUUGGAAGUGAUCACACUUAUUGCUGUGGUACUGCCUUUGCAAGGGUCAGAAUGAGUUUGCAUUUUUGUUUUUCACUCGCACGCUUGCUGUAAAACAUCAAAACAUCAAUUUGUGUUGUGUUUGAAAGUGUUGUCCUCGUUUUGUUCAAAUUGCUUCUUCAAGCCCUUGCACACUGGCUCAAGAAUUCGAAGUUUCUUUGUGAAGUUCAAAGCCGCUCUUGUGCAUUUCUGAGAUUCAGAACAUCUGUAACAUUGUUUUCUGUUUACGCUGUUAGGUUCCCUCAUAAGCCAAGGGGGGACAGUGUCGUUAAGCUGUCUGGUUAUAGGGCGAAUUGGGCAUGUUCAUGGGUGUCUCCACUGUGGAACUACUCUUUUCUUUCUCUUGGGUUUAGCGAUUCAUCUGCAAAAAUUUUUUCUUUUUUUAUUUUGGCUCUCUUGUCUUCACUCCCGGUCACUCACUUUUUUCACCUUUAUUGCUGCGUUUUUUAAAGAAAGGCAGUUUGUGUUGUAAUUUGGCAUUUCGUCUGCUUGGUUGUUUUGCCAUCUGUGUUGCAGUGUUGAUGCAGGCAUGACUUUGUGUGUUUAUCGCACGUGGACAGCGUGUCCUGGUGCAGAAAGUGAUCUAACGCUCUUUGCCUGGGCAGUGACCCAGCUGUUCUUUAUUCAGACACUGCGGCGGGUCGACUUCUGUGAUGUACUGCCAUUAAAGUCGCUAAAAGGGAAAUUCUAUUCUGGGCUGUACAUACCAAAUGUCCCUUGUGCUUCGUGUGCGAUCACUCAUUACACAACACAGCAAUGGUUAUUUUCUCUUCUUUUUUUUUUUUUGCUUCAUCCCUCUCGAAGUGUCUAAGCACAGCUGUGUUUGUUGCCUUUACUGUUUUCAGAGUGAGAAUUCUGAAAAACAAGGCUUGGAAAGGCUGCCCUGUUUCGUGAUCAUGUGCAAGCGCGAGAUAUUCAAGUUGUGUGCUGUAAAAAAUUGUGCUAGAUAAGCAUUAAUUCAUUCAUGUUUUGCAUGCCGGUUGACUAUUGUGAUGAACUGGAGUGCCAUAUUAUGAGGCAGGCACUGGCCUUUGUCAUGCCAUCAGGCUCAAUAGGGUGAACCGGAAACGUUGUGCAAUUGGCCUUUCUGCAUUAUCUUGCUGCUCGAAUUAGGAUAGUGAACAAGUCUCUGAAACAGAUGGCGCAAGUAGUUAAUUUGCUUUUCUUGCAAUCAAAGCAUAUGAGAAACGCCUGACGAUUGCUUAAUGUGAGCUCAUUUUGGUGGAGGCCAUGUUUUGUGCAUUGUAUGGCUGCUUCCUAUGAAAAUGACUAGAAGGAACUCUUCUGCUACCGUGCGAACGAUUGCUAGUAGUACAUGGAUUUGUCCAAUCUUCGGGUUUGUGGCUUCAAGUGUUGUAGCAUUAUUCUCAGCUUCCAAGCAAUAAGGUUUCUAAACACAAGACCUUAAAUUACUCUGUAUACAUAACCGUUGCAAACCAUUGCAUUCGUAAUGCUACAUGCAAAUCCAUGUAUGCUGCCUUCGUACUCAUGCCCGAUUGAACCAUUACGCUUAAAACUUGCGUGGAUGCUAGCGCUAGAGUUACUUCUAAUAAAUUUUGUAUGAAGGUUUAUGGUGUGGGUUGCUGGAAACUGAACGUCACAUCAAGGGGUCUGUUUGCUGUUGAAGGCAGGCAAGAAAGUCUGUCGUCUAUUGCUGCAGUUAUGGAAAUUGUGGUAUCUAAAGAGCAGUUGGAAAUGGUGUGCUAGCAGAGUAUUUCAACCUAUCCAGGCAGCCUUUUUUUUUAACUCUGUAUAGUUAGAGCCUGCCAAUAUUUUGUUAAAACAUUGAACACGAGUGUAACCAAAUGUCGACUCUGGCUUGGCUGUGAGAAGGCCGAUGGACUUGUCAUGUAUAGGUUGGAUGGUGUGGUGAAAGGAAAGUCAGUGCUGCCAGAGGAGUUUACGGAACAUGAAAUGAGUUUAUUUGCCACCACGUACAGCGAAUACAAUUGGUAGGACUGCAGAUAAAAGCUGCACCUAUGUAGCGUGACGAGCUUGCAGCCCUUUUCAUGUUCAUAAGACGAGUUUCAAGGCUUGGACAUGGCAUGCUUGAAUUAAGCAAUACACGGAGGGUUGGCUGUAGCUUCUGUGGUGCUCACUAGUGAGGUAUGGAUACCGUGAUUUGAGCAUUGGCUCUGGUGGAUUGUUAACGCAUGGCAUGUUCCACAAACUUUGGCAGUCGAUGGUACACAGUUGUGCCGUAGCCACGACCUGUGGCGCCAGUGCACAGUCAUCAAUAAAUAAUUUUUGCCAUGAA